GUUAAGGAUGGGGAAGCCGAAAAUGUGUUUACAUUCGGACAAUCUCGCGUGCAGUCCCGCUACACCCCGGAUGAAGGCAGGAUCAAGCACGUCACUAAACUGUACCGUGUGGAGAUUGUGAACAGACUAUUGAGGGUGACUUUACAGAAGACAAUAGACGGACUCACGCCUUCGCUACUAAAGGUUGCUGUAGGAAAUCAUUUUUUCGUGAUCAAACUACUGAGGGUGACCUGA